GCAGCGCGUGCGGCUGCUGGUUUCCGUGGAGACGGGGAGGCCCGGCCGCGUCCAUGGAGCCGGGGCUCGUCGGGCCCGGGCCGUACCGCGCCACCCGGCUGUGGAAUGAGAUAAUCGAACUCUUCCGUGCUGGAAUGCCUCUAAGGAAGCAUCGAUGCCGCUUCAAAAGCUACGAGCGUUGCUUCAAAGCCUCGGAGGCAGUGGACUGUUUGCAUGAACUACUUGGCUCUAACCAAAACUUUGGCCCAGAGGUGACUCGCAGUCAAACGGUUAAGCUGCUUAAAAAAUUCCUGAAAAAUCACGUUAUUGAAGAUAUUAAAGGAAGAUGGGGCAAAGAAGACUUUCAAGAUGAUGGCCAUUUGUAUAGAUUUCCUCCUUCCUCACCACUGAAGCCAUACCCAAAGAAACCUUCAUUUGGAAAGGAAGUCAUUAAAUUUCCAGAUUGGAAUGAUCCAAAGGCUGGCACUUCCCAAGAACACAUUCCUGUGAAAUCGAUCAUGACUAAUUCUGAAAUGUGGUACAAGCGUCACAGUAUAGCUAUAGGGGAAGUACCAGCAUGCAAGCUUGUUUUCCGCAGGGAGUUAACACAAGAAAACAUAGAAGAGAUAUGGAAAUCAAUGACUUUGUCACGACUACAAAAAGUCUUGGGUUUGGAUUGCCUGGAUGAAGUGAUAGAUACAAAGCUUGUGAAUUCAAAGCAUAUUGUCCAAAAUGCAUACAAUGUCAAUAAGCAAGGCAUUGUCACGUUAGAAGACAAAUCAAAGGACCUACCUCACUGGAUAUUGUCAGCAAUGAAAUGCCUAGCGAAUUGGCCCAUCUGCUCAGAUUUGAAGCAACCUACAUAUUCAGGAUUUGAAAGAGAUGUCUUCAAAACAAUAGUGGACUACUUUGGCCAGAUGAAAGAACCACUUCUUACAUUUAAUUUUUUUGAUGUUUUUGUUAGUGUGUUAGGUCUGCUGCAAAAACACAGCGAGGCUAUAGAAGCUCUUCAAAUAUCUUGUCUCCUGCUGCCACCAGAAAAUCGGAGAAAACUGCAGCUGUUGGUGAGAAUGAUGGCAAGAAUUAGCUUUAACAAGGAUUUGCCACCUCUUUCUGAAUCAGUGAGGACCAGAGUUUUGAUGGUUCAAGCAUUUUCCCGUUGUAUUCUCUGCUCUAAGGAUGAAAUGGACUUGGAUGAACUGCUUGCUGCUAAGCUAGUAUCUUUUCUCAUGGACAAUUAUCAGGAGAUAUUAAGUGUUCCAUCCUCCUUAAAAUCUUCUAUAGAGGAACAUGUUGUACAUGUCCAAAGAGUUCAAAUAAAAUAUGCUGGAGCUGACACUGAUGCGACUUUUCCUGCUCCAUCAUUUUGCCAUCAAAUCAGCGCAGAUGAAUUUGAAUACCAAAGGGCAACUGGCUCUCAGGAACCGCUGGCAGCUUUAUUAGAAGAAAUUGCAACGAAUAAAGAAAUAUCUGUGAAAGACAAGAAGAAGAAACUCAAACAAUUUCAGAAAUCUUACCCUGAAGUGUAUAGAGUACGAUUUCCUACCCCUGAAACUGAAGCAGUGCUGUUUCCGGAAAAAUCGAAACAGAAGCCACCACUUCUGAUGUGGGCUUUAAGAAAGCCUUUUCAACCAUUUCAGAGAACAAGAAGCUUUCGGAUGUAAAGAGUUUGACUCAGCAAACUGAGUCAAAGCAAAUUCUCAAUGGAUCUUACACAAAAGGAGCAUGUAAUUUGCUCAGAAAAAAUACUGGAGUCUGUAGAGAACAUCAGUAGAGAAGUGUUGAGGACGCAGAAAUGUGAACCAAUGUCAGUAUUUUUUAAAUCAUGAUUUUUUUUUUAAUAUUUGUUUUGUAGUUCUUAAAAACAAGAUGAUUAACUUGCAUUGGGGAUAAGGCACACUUGCUGUAGUUUGAUCAUUUCAAGGUCAAAACUUGUGUGCAAUGUAUUGUUAGUUAAUCAAGAGCAUUUUUUUGUUGUAUAAACUAGGCCAUUUGUUCAUGUGUAGCUUGAGAAAUUCCUAAUUUGUAAGUACACGAAUAAGUAUGUAACACUGGAUUUUGUUUUUCUGUUGUGUGACCUGUUGUUCUUAUAUAAAAUUUAUUUCAUAAAACUGUAAAAACUCAUUAAUUUUGAUUCUUAUGAUGCAUUACAUAUAGGGUCAACUGUUGUUGAAGAGCCAUUUCUUUUUUUAGUAUAGACUUAAGAGCCUUUUCCAAAAGCUAUUAUGAAAUAGUGCUGUACAAAUUUGGAUGGCUGUCCUCUAGAACUCAUUUUGUCAGGAAAAUUUGAAUCUUUGCAUUUCUUCUGGAAAUGCAAAUAUUUACUUGAUUUUGGAGUAUUGAGUACCCUUAAUGAUCUUGUUUGUUUUCCAGUAAGAAAACUGUUGUACAUGUAACUUGACUGGGAGUAUGACUUGAUUCUGGCAACAAUUUGCAGACAUCUACUGGUAUGACACUGGUGGUACUUUUAGGUUAUCCAUCAGAGUUUUAAAGAACAGUUUUUUGUAUGUCACUGAAUGUCGAAGUCUAUGCAGAGAGGAAGGCAGCAGGUAUCUCAACCAGUUUGUCUGAAAUUCUAAUAAUGUGCUGACUAAUCUGCAGCAUUCACUUUGCUAACCCUCUAGCAUGUCAAUAAGCUUGCAGAUGUAAGGCUGUUGGUUUAAUAGACUGGAAUGUUUCUCGGGUAUUGUGCUCUUUAUGAACAGUACAUGUUUUCAUGGUCUGCCUUCACCCUUGCGCUUCUGAACAGUAAUCAUUGCUUAAAUAAAUGUGGUGCUAAAGGUACACUUUUCAAAUAUUAAGAACACAUUAAAAUUAAUAUUGAAAGUAGUCUGAGGCCACUUAAAUUUUUUACUGGGUCUCUGGCAGUGAUGUAUCCUCUCAUGUUUGUCAUAGCAUUCUGCAUAUUCUUAUGUACAGACUGACUACUCAUAACAUAAACAUUUGGUUAUAGCAGCAAUCCAUAAAGUGUAAGAGCUAAUAAGGCUAGUGUUGUUCAUAAGAAUGAGGAAACCCACCCGAUUUCAUCUCUGACAUCAGUUCUUAACUGCACAGGAGAGGUAGAAUUCUAUCUAUUAGGCACUGAAAAUAAUAUCACUACUUAUAUGUGAGCCUUCUAGUGUCACACUGAAUUGUUUCUCCAGUGAUCCAUUUCUACUGUUCAUAGAGCCAAUUUUAAACAGCACUUUGUGUUUAUUCAUUAGUUUCUAGUAGUAGCAAUUGAAGACAUGGUGUUUCUGUGGGUCAAUUACAGUUGUGUUUCAAAUAAUUCUUUUUUGUCUGCAACAAAAACAAACCAAGCAAAUCCAUUUGUUGACAAUUCCCAUGCCUGCCAAAAAAUGCUGUCACAAAAAAUUCUCUAAAACCUCAGGGGGGACUUAGAAAGAGAACUGCAGCAGAAAUAAUAGUUUCGCAAGACUGAAUUUUAACUGUUGUCUAGUCCUGAAGACUGACAAAAAUUAUCUUGGAAAUAGAGAAUAUUUAACUACAGCUGCUAUUACAUCUCUUCCUUGUCUCAUAACUGAACUAAAUGCGCACAUACAAAGCAAAUAUGGUAUUUCUGAAUGGAGGCUGGAAGAAGAAGAUUGCUGGAACAGUAGUACAGAGAAGACGCUGGUCUUGGUAAAGAAUAAAAAUGUUUCUGAAUUCCUAACAAGUAAUCAAUAGAAACCUCUGUUUUUUUAUUAACGUUCUUAGGAAUAUAACUUCUCUAUGAAAGCCGUGUAGUAUCUUGAUAUUGCCAGGACUGAACAACCUUGAAUCAGUUGGGCUUUAUUUCCUGUGAACUGUGAGAUUCUUCUGCUUACGCAAGUAGUUGUUACUGGAGAGGUUAGCUAAAUUAAGACUUAGCUGACAUUCUUUUUAAACACAGCAGGUGGAAAACUCAAUAAAGGUAGAUGAUCAGUAUCUUAAAUAUCUACCUUCAAGCUCAUGUGUAAGUAGGAGCUAUUUCUCAACAUUGUAGUCUAAAUUUAACUCCUUAGUACUAAAGUUUCUAUUGCAAUGCCAUUAUUUGUAGCUCUUGGGCUUUUUGGAAAAGAAUCAGAAACUUUCAGUUGAAGUUUCUGUGAUUUUUGUUUUGUGUGUAUGCUAAGACCAAAUAGGUAAUUACACAUGACUCUAAUAGCAAACCUUCCAGAAGAGUGGAAAACUUGAUGC